CGAGCACUCCAUCCAUCCAUGACCAUCCAAUGCCAUCCUUGAAUGUUUGGUUAUACGUCUUUAUUCAUUCCUCCCUCUCUUUACUUGUUUUGGUCACAUAUCAUCCACCAACUUCGCCCGAGUCUUUGCUCUGGCUUGAUAAACUAUUUAUUAUAUUAGCACCUCGCUUCAAGUCCCUUCACUCCAUUGCGUCACGACGUCUCGACAUCUCCUUGUUGCCUGUUGUGCGCGUCCUGUUGUGACACUCAUCAUCUCAACGUUUUUAACCGCCAAGCUUACGCCGCCCACGCAUACGCAUCACAUCCCAUUUCAUCUGACCGCUGUCUUGCGCUCAACUGUCUUGCCGCCAAAUCAUCGCUUGAAGAUCGUAUUGCUACAUCAACAGGGGCCCGAGGCCUCGAAGUUCCCAAUGUCGAAUAAGAACGAGGCCUUGUCCUCGAUGGAUCCCUUCUCACCUGCACAUCAACCCGACGAGGGUUACUCCGAAGAUCCUCUUACACCAACCGUGAAUCAAGAGUUAUCGACCGCCCUUGCUACGCUGCGUUCUCCCUCCGACUUGAGCACAUGGCUUGUCGCGAACUCGUCGCUUCUACCCCUCCAGGUCAGAACAGAACUGACCAUGGCGUUACUCGACAACCUGCCCACGUCCGUCAUCGCCGAGAUCGUCCACCGAUUGAAUCCGAGACUCUACAUCGACUUUAUUCAAUACCUCCCCGCUGAAAUCUGUCUUAAGAUUCUAGGUUUCCUCGAUCCCGUUUCCCUCGUGAGUGUUACGCAGACAUGCCGCGCCUGGUACGAAUUGGCACUUGACCGAAAGCUAUGGGAGCGUCUAUACUAUAUGGAGGGGUGGAAGACCAUCAUGAGCGAGAUCGAAGCCUGCGAGACUAAGGUAAACAACGGUCUCGACCACUCGAUCCGCCACCUCAACCGACUCCAGUCGAUGCAGGACGCCCAUCCGAACAAGAUUCGCGCUGUUGUCAAUUCUGAUGAGGACCUCGAGAUGACAGAUGGUGACCGCACGCCUGGCCCCAGCGAGACCUUGGCCAGUGGAAGCAUGUUCGGUAGCCCUUCUUCCUCCUUCUCGUCGAGUCGACCCGCAAUCGUACCCAUGGGCGACAUGGACCUUGAUGGUUUGUCGAGUAGGAACCCGAGCUUGGAUCGAACACUUUCCUCAUCUUCCGACAGCAGAGGAAAGCGUAAAGAACCCAGCGACGAUACCGAGUCCUCUCUCGCUUCAAUGUCGCUAGCCGAUGCAGCCAACACAUUACCACCAUCAUCAUUAUAUAUCUGGGAUGUGGGUCGAUCACGAUAUCGUAUUAACUGGCGCUAUCUGUACGGCAUGCGACGGAAGUUAGAGGCGAAUUGGGAGCUUGGCAAAUACAGCACAUUCCAGUUUCCUCAUCCCAAUUUCCCCGAGGAAGGACAUCAGGAAUGCGUAUACGCUCUACAGUUCGACAAAGACUACUUGGUGAGCGGUAGCAGGGAUCAGACCAUGCGUAUCUGGAACGUGCGCACCCGCCGACUUGUCCGACCACCUCUGAUAGGACACAUGGGCUCCGUCUUGUGUCUCCAGUUCGAUGCUGACCCCGAAGAAGAUCUCCUUGUUUCUGGAAGUAGUGACUCCAAUGUCUUCAUCUGGAAGUUUUCGACUGGUGAGCUGGUGCAGAAACUAACAAGAGCCCAUCACGAGUCCGUUCUCAACGUGCGCUUUGAUAAAAGAAUUCUAGUUACGUCUUCCAAGGAUAAGACGAUCAAGAUCUUCAACAGGCGCCCCUUGAGACAUGGCGAUUUGGGAUACAACGGAGGCGAUCUGGUCGGCCCAGUACCUGUGCACCUGCGACGGUACGGUUAUGAGCCGGACCUGUCUCAGGAGCUUCCUGUCAAGCCUCCAUUCACCAUGAUCGGUCGUCUGGAUGGUCACAGUGCUGCUGUGAACGCAAUUCAAGUUCGUGACAAGACUAUUGUUUCUGUAUCAGGAGAUAGGCAUAUCAAGGUAUGGAGGUGGCCAGAUCAGGCUUGUACUCAGACGAUUCCAGCACACGACAAGGGGAUAGCGUGCGUGGAGUUUGAUGGGCGCAGGAUUGUGAGUGGUAGCAGUGACUGGGAAGUAUGCAUCUUCGAUGCACCUACUGGUCUUAAGGUUGCUCAGUUGCGAGGACACGCACACCUGGUUCGUACUGUCCAAGCUGGGUUCGGUGAUCUGCCUUACAGCACAACAGAAGACGAGGCAGAAGCCAAGGCGGUUGAUGCUGAGUACUUCCGAGCGCUUGAGGCUGGUGAGAUUGACAAUACCAUGGACCGAAGGCAUAGGAGAGACCGUCGGGCAAAUGCUGGAAGCUCUCGGCCUCAAGAUGUUCAGGCAUUUGGCGCCAAGGUUCCCCCUGGAGGUGGUGGAGGCAGAAAGUAUGGUCGCAUUGUAUCUGGUUCCUAUGAUCAGAGCAUCAUUAUUUGGCGACGCGACAAGGAAGGUGUUUGGAAGCCCGCAAUCCAUCUCCGACAAGAAGAGGCUGCUGCGGCUGCUCAACGUGAGGCUGCUGCCAGUUUGUCGAGCGCAACGUCGAACGUCGCGAUGGCCGGAUCUCUGGCUAGUAGGUCUUCACAUUCAUCGACCAUCGUACCACGAUCUCCGCCUACGAACGGCACUCCUCUCGGACCUUUGAUGCUACGCGAUCACCACGGGGAUACCCAACGAACGGCAAACUCAUAUCAAGUGCUGAUCGACCAGGCGGUACCCCUUGGCCCCAGCUCGUUGCAGCACGUGCUGGCGACAUACCCAAUUGCGCUGGCUCACCACUCUUACUUACAAACUGCCAUUGAACGCGAGACAUCGCCUUUGAUCCGAGCCCAGCUUAGAGGGGUGGUAACGGAUGCUUUGGCCAAUCUCCAAAUUCGCCAAAUGCCAAUGCGACAGCAGUCGAGUUCUGGUAGUUCUCACUUGUCUAGUGAUAGCGGCCGUACCAACCCGAGAUCCGGUCAAACGCCUCAUGCGGUACCCGUUCCAGGAGGACCAGUUGCGCAACCUCCCGUCGUGGCUAAUAACCAUGCACAAGGUGCGCCUCCUGGACAACCCCAACCUCCGAUUCACAAUGGCCAUCAUGCAGGCCACCAUCCCCAUAUCGCCGCGGCCGAGAACACGUCAGCACGAGUCUUCAAGCUACAAUUUGAUGCGCAUAAAAUUAUUUGCUGUAGUCAAACUCCGACAAUUGUUGGAUGGGAUUUCUGUAAUAAGGAUCCCGCAUUAGAAGAAGCUGUCCGAUUCUUUGCAACGGUCGAUUAGAUCUGCAAUUUCGAUACAUAAACGUAUAUCCAGAAAGCAUUCUUUUGAGCGAGGGAGUUGGGUUAUAUGGGCUUGGCAGGGUGUUUAUCGAGAAUAACUGCAGAAUCACCAAGAGUUCCACUGGCUACAGUACCAUGUCUUGUGUACAAGUGCGUACUGGACACUUGCGGAUGCUCAAGAUCGAUGUUCUUGGACAGGUAGAAAAUACAAGUUUAAUG